UCUGUGAGAAGAGGAAUGGAUGUUCAGCUUCAGGUCAAGGACAAAUCAGGGCCGAUAAGGUCAGCUGCAUCACAGAGACCCAACACUCUUGGCCUCUUCUUCUUUUUCUGAGGUUCUCCUCAAACCUAUAGGGUAGAAAAGCAAACACACAAGUCAUGUAUUAGUCCUGGGAGAGAGAGAGAGACAGAGAGAGAGAGAGAGAGAGAGAGAGAGAGAGAGAGAGAGAGAAAUCACAUACAGAAAUAGACCAAAGACGAAGAGAGAGGUACACACACUGGACAGAGGUGAUGCUAAGGCUGCCUAGAAAGAGACACAGACAGACUGAGAGGCUGAGCGAGAGCUGGGAGUCCUGGAGAGAUUGACUUGAGAAGUCAGUGUAAACACAAGCUGUGAUGAAGAGAAAGAGCUAGAAUAUGAAUGAGGGAGGAUUGAGUUAGGUGAGCAGCGCUGGUAUUAAUGAAAACCAAAGCCACUGACUUCAACACAAACACACACACAUGCACACACACUUCACACUGAUCCACACUGAUGUAUGCUGUAUGCUGUCUGCUUCUGAUUUUCUAUUUGCAUUUCAGGAGAAGAAGAGGUAUAAGAUAGGGUCUUUUCCAACAUGGCAGCAUCACCGAGGCAGUUCACACACAACGAGUCCACAUACACACAGCUGCAACCGGUGCGGAGUCACACAAAAGGACUUCGGGAGAGAGCUACACACACUGCUGUAUGAGCUGGUCAGCCUGAGCUACGUCUCCUGCUUUAGCUCUCAGAGUCAGUGACCAUGGAGAACUCCACCUCCACCUACCACAACUCCACCUCCCAGACCUUCAUUUUGCCCUCAGAGUCAACGUGGAGGAUGGAGAACUCCACCUGGCUGGCAUCCGCCAUCAGAGCUACAUCCGCAUCCACCUUCAAAGCUCCAUACACAUUCACCGCCAAAGACACAGCUACGUCCACCGCCAUAGAUGCGUCCACGACGUCCAGCUUCCCUCUGGUCCUUCUCCUCUUCCUCCUCCUCGUGCUCAUCUUCAUCACGGUGGCGGGGAACCUGCUGGUGAUCGUGGCGGUGAGACGCACGGCGGCGCUGCGGACCUCCACGGGCGUGCUGCUGACCUCGCUGGCGUGCGCCGACCUGGUGAUGGGCCUCCUCGUGUUCCCGCCGAGCACGGCGGUGGUGGCGAGCGGCCGCUGGGCGCUGGGCGAACGCGCCUGCCAGCUGUGGACGGGCGCGGACGUGGUCUGCGUGACGGCCAGCAUCGGCACGCUGUGCGUCCUCGCCGUGGACCGCUACGUGGCCAUCACGCGCCCGCUGCACUACGCCCGGCUCCUGGGCAAGCGGCGGGCGCGCCUGCUGGUCCUCGCCGUGUGGAGCGUGGCGCUGCUCAACGGGGUGCUGGUGGCGUGCGCUCUGGCGCCGCCGCAGACGCGCCCGCCGGACUGCUGCGAGUUCCGCGUCUCGCCCACGUACGCGCUGGCGUCCUCCGUCGUCUCCUUCUACCUGCCGCUGCUCAUCAUGGCGUUCGUCUACAGCCGCGUCUACGCCAUCGCCCGCCGCCAGCUCCUCGCCAUCCAGCGCCACCGCCGCCGCUUCUUCCGCGCCCAGAGCUCCGUCUGCAGCGAGCUGGAGUCCUGCGCCAGCCCCACCGCGGGCGAGGGAGCGGCACUGGCACCCGGUGCCCAGCCCAGCCGGGGCAGAGGGGCUCUGCGGAGGCAGCUGCGGGCACUGCGGACGCUGGGCAUCAUCAUGGGCACCUUCACCCUCUGCUGGCUGCCCUUCUUCGUGGCCAACGUCAUCAGGCCAUUUCGUGGGGCGCCCCGAGACAAAACUGAGGCAGGACGCUCCCAGGCUGCGUGCACAGACCUCUUCACGCUGCUCAACUGGCUGGGCUACCUCAACUCCGCGCUGAACCCCUUCAUCUACUGCCACAGCCCCGAGUACCGGCACGCCUUCAGGGCCCUGCUGCGGCUGCCCACCAUAGCCAGGCCCAGCAUGGACGCCCUCUACAAGGGCCUGCGCACCAGCUGCCCCAGCUGCCCCUGCCCCCCCUGCCCCCCCGGCCCUAGCUGCCCCUGCCCCUGCCCCCCCGGCCCUAGCUGCCCCUGCCCCUGCCCCCCCGGCCCCGGGCACAAGCUGAGGGAGGCAGAGGAGGCAGGGGACGAGGACGUCGCUCCUGGCGUGAUGGGCAUAGAUGCCGUGACCAACGCUCCUGGCGUGAUGGGCAUAGAUGCCGUGACCAACGCUCCGAAUACUGGUGUGAUGGGCAUAGAUGGGGUGACCAACGCUCCGAAUACUGGUGUGAUGGGCAUAGAUGGGGUGACCAACGCUCCGAAUACUGGUGUGAUGGGCAUAGAUGCCGUGACCAACGCUCCGAAUACUGGCGUGAUGGGCAUAGAUGCCGUGACCAACACUCCGAAUACUGGCGUGAUGGGCAUAGAUGCCGUGACCAACACUCCGAAUACUGGCGUGAUGGGCAUAGAUGCCGUGACCAACGCUCCUGGCGUGAUGGAGGCUGGAGAAGCGCCGCUGCAGCAGAGCUGAGACCUGGUGACCUGGUGUGAUAUGCAGUAUGAACAAUGAGAGGUGAACCCCCGUAACCAUCCUGUGACCUCCGACCUCUGACCUCAUAGUCAGCAUCCAUGAGCUCAUUGGGUGCCUCUAAUUUGGUCUUUUAUACACCCUCCCUUCCUUCCUUGAUCCUCGUCCUCACUGAUCUAGACAAAGAAUGAUGGGGCGGCAACAAUGAGGUAGUCCAUCCAGUUUUGUUUAUAGAUCAGUGGGAACGAGCCUAAAGGGGCGAGCAUUGAGGAUCGAGGAGGGAUGUUGAGAGGCACCCACUGUCUUCUCCUGGAGUGUGCAUCUAUCAGAAGACCUAUACCACGAAAAAGCCCUCUGGGAAACAAAACACACACACACACCGGGACACGACACACAUGUUGAAACUGCUGGAUUCCUGCUCGCUCACGUCCACGUGUGCACAUCCUAAGCCCCUGAAUCAGUCCACGUGAACACCUCCACAAGCACUGUUGCAAGCUUGACUCAAUCAAAAUGGCUUUACUAGCCCUGUUUGUAUGCAGUGUUGCCAAAGCACAAAGAACAAGAACAUCAAACUAAUAGAACCAAGCUAAUAAAGUUGGGGUUACGUAGACAGUGUAUCGUCGAGCUCCACUGAAGGGGAUGAGGACGGCUCACUGGAGUUACGUCAUCUAUGAUUGAUGUUGAUGUUGAUGAUUGAUUGAUAUGAUGACUGUUGUUGACAUGUGAUCACGUGUCAGCUUUCCUAGUGCCCCACAGGUUACUGUAACAGGGCCUCACUUGGUCUUUGAUCCUGCACAAUCAGUAGUCCAAGGGUGAAGGAAUUAAUUUGUCAAUCCGUUGAAGUUGAAGGCUGUUCAAUUUCACAAUAAUCAACUGGACAUGAUGAUGAUACAAUGAUGAAGUCUUGGAGGAAAAACAUUCUCCCUGGUUUGACCAGAGAAGAGACAGAUACACAGUAUGAAUCAGAAUUAGAGCAUUUUUAAGAAUCAAACUUGUGAAGAGAAGAGGAAACACACAGAGUAAUCAGCAGCUCAACGGAGUCCAAACUCAUAAACAGCACACAGAUCUCCAAGACUGAAUUUGUGAAGAGAAGACUUCCAAAACAUUUAGCCACUUCAGCAAUGGCACUCAUGAACACGCAGGUCUAGUUUACCCACUGGUGGAAUGAGAGACGUCGAAAAGUACAUGUUCUUCUUUGCAAUUCUCAGGGAUAUUUUUCUCAGGUUGUCUUUUCUCAGGAUGUUUGCUCUCUUACACAUGUUGCUAUCAUGUUAGCCAUUUCAUGUGAAAAAAAUGCAACUUAUUUGACCCCUAAUAAUUCUUUUGAUGGUUACCUUCGGCCUCAGUAGUCUAAUAUGCAUAGCCAUCUGUGAGGUAAAGAUUUCAUCACUGAGAACGCUCCUUGCGUUGCGAUGCAACUUUGUUGUUUUGUUUUUGAGGUCUCUGUGAGCAUUAGUGAGAUUGUGAAUGUCAUUUAAGGGUCAGAGAACACAGAUAGGCAUUAAGCAAAUACAGGCUUUAAAGAACCCUUAGCGGUUCCUUAUGAACUCUUCAAAAUGGUUUAAAUAAUCUUUGGUUCUAUAUAGCACCUUUUUCUGUAAGAGUGUGGCACUAGAGGAUGUCCUUUUUGGCCCCUGAAGGCCACCGUAACUUCUACUUCUUGCUUGAAAAGGGAGAGGUAUUCAGUUGGUCAAAAUCCUAAUGCACCUUUAAAUACAUAUAUU